GAGACAGAGACAGAGACAGAGACAGAGAUCUGUGAGACAGAGAGUGUGACCCCUCUGGCUCCUGGUGAACUGAGGAGGUGUUAUGCCAUCCAGCGCUGAAGUUGUCUCUCUUGGAUCGGGAGGAGGAGGACCAAUGGCGGAGGGGGCCAUCGGUGGAGACGAGCGGCUCAGUUUCAGAAUAAUGUCUUCCAAGCAAGCCACCUCUCCGUUUGCCUCCGUCGCCGAUGGGGAGGAAGCCAUGAGUCAGGACCACCUGUCCUGGGAUAAGGAGGAGAGUGCCGAGGCCCACGGGACGCCCCAGCUGCCCCUGCACAGCCUGCUCCACAGCAAGGGCUCCAUGGACGAACUGCAGCCCCUCAGCAGUGUCCCUCCAGAGAGUGACUGGGACAGCAUGGUGUCAGCCCAGCAGCGCAUGGAAUCUGACAGCAAUAAAGUAUGUUCCCUGUACUCCUUCCGGAAUAACUCAACCUCCCCACACAAGCCUGAGGAGGGGGCCCGGGAGCGCGGCGACCUGCUGAGCGGAUCUGCGUUCGGAACUCCGGAGCGCCGCAAAGGAAGCCUGGCCGACGUGGUGGACACACUGAAGCAGAAGAAGCUGGAGGAGAUGACAAAGUCAGAGCAAGAUGAAUCCAGUUGCAUGGAAACACUUCUGUCAAAAGACUGGAAAGAGAAGAUGGAAAGGCUCGACACCGGUGAUCUUCUGGGAGAAGUUAAAG